AUGGCUCCAAAGGACAAAAAUCAACCAUCUGAGCCCAAAGUUCUUCUUGGAAGGCCCAAAAAUAACCUCAAGCUCGGAUUAGUUGGUCUUCCGAAUGUAGGAAAAUCAACUACUUUUAACCUAUUAUCCAAACAAUGUGUUCCUGCCGAAAACUUUCCAUUCUGUACAAUAAAUCCUCAUGAGGCGGUAGUUUCAGUUCCUGACGAUAGGUUUGACCAUCUCUGUAAGGUUUUUGCUCCUAAGAAGGAGAUUUCAGCAACUGUUACAAUUUUCGAUAUUGCAGGCCUUGUCAGGGGAGCUCACAAGGGUGAGGGUCUUGGAAACGCCUUUUUAUCACACAUUGAUGCUGUUGAUGGGAUUUUACAUGUGGUUCGUGCGUUUGAGGACGAUGAGAUAGUUCAUACUGACGGUGAGGUCAACCCGGUUAAUGACCUGGACACAAUUAACCAGGAGCUCAUUUUGAAGGACCUGGAUAAGUGUAACAAGGCUAUUUCUGAGGUUGACAAGGUUUACCAGCGUAACAUGAAGAUCAAGUCCAAAAAGGAAGAACUUGACACUUUAAUUAAAGUUAAGGAACAUUUAGAAAGUAAUAAAUGGAUUUCCCAAGGUAAUUGGAAAUCUAGUGAAGUUCCAUAUAUAAAUGAAUAUAAUUUUUUGACUGCCAAACCCAUUGUGUAUUUGGUGAACUUGUCUGAGAAUGACUUUGUGAGGCAAAAGAACAAGUGGCUUUCUAAGAUCGCUAAGUGGGUCCAAGAAAACAACCCAGGACCUAUCAUCCCUUAUAGUGCACAAUUCGAACAAUCACUGGAAGCUUUCCCUACUGAAGAAGCACUUAAAAGCUAUCUUAAAGAUAAGAAUAAUGCAGUAAGUAAGAUAGGAAAGAUCAUAACGAGCGGUUAUCACGAAUUACAGUUAAUACAUUAUUUUACCUGCGGUCCUGAUGAAGUUCGGUGUUGGACUAUAAGGAAUGGCACAAAAGCUCCUCAAGCUGCUGGUAUGUCCAACAUGAACAUAACCUUUAGGGGUUUUAUAUGCGCAGAAGUUUAUAAUUAUCAGGACAUUGUACAGUUUGGUACUGAGUCACGACUGGGCUUAUUAUUCUUUAUUAUGUUGGGGUUUAAUGUUGUUCAGGAACUGAAUCGGAAGUUAGAGCUAAUGGGAGAUAUUUGCAGAAGGGGUAAGUGCGUUGUAGUUAAUAUGAUUAGAAAGGACUACGUUGUCAAUGACGGGGAUAUCAUCUUCUUCAAGUUCAAUGUCACCGCCAGUAAAAAAUAA